GGUAGCAGCUUCGGAUCCCUUGGUAAUGAGCAGGAGAGAUUGGAGUUCAUCUGGGAGGGGAGAGAGGAGAAGAUCCCAGCGAGACAUGUGGCACGCAUGCAGCUGCCUGUCUGACGUGUCACUUUCUCCUGGGCGCUCUUCUCUCUCUCUCUCCUGCUCUGUCCCCCCCUGGGCCAUCACAGCAGCUCUGAUCAGACAGGGAGCUUGCCUGCCGGCCAGGCAAGCUGCUGCCGAGGUAGUAGUGCCACGUGCUCCUGCUACUACCACUGCUGCUGCUGCGGCGGCGCCACCUCCCUAUGCCUCGAAACAAGCCGAGGUGGUGCCACGUGUCACUACUGCCAGGGGAGCUGCCGCUGCCGCGGUGGUGCCACGUGUCGCUGCUACUACUACUGGUGCUGCUGCUGCGGCUGUGGUGGUGCCACGUGUCACUACUGCCAAGGGAGCUCCCCCUGCCGAGGUGGUGCCACGUUUCGCUGCUACUAUUACUCCUGCUGCUGCGGCGGCUGUGGUGGUGCCACGUGUCACUACUGCCAAGGGAUCUCCCCCUGCCGAGGUGGUGCCACGUGUAGCUGCUACUGCAACUGCUACUGCUGCUUCGGCUGGAGGCAUUGGACACGUGGGUGUGUUUGAGGAAGGCGCCACGUUGAACGCUACAGAUGAUGGCUCGUUGAGAUUGCUGUUCGUCUCUCUUGAGUACAAGGCAGCUACUUUCAGUGGCAAUGGUGUCUACGCCCAAUCUUUGGUGCGAUCCUUAUCUGCCCUUGGCCACAAGGUCUUUGUGAUUAGCGCCCGGCCAUCAUUGGCUGAUGAGAGGGUUUCGACUGCCGGUGAGCUUAAGAGCCGCCGGGUCUCCACUGUUGAUGACGGACGGAAGGUAAUCAUCGGUGAUGAUGAUGGUGGUCAGGGCGGUGAUGUAUCAAGGGAACGACCUCAACUGUCCUCUGCUAGCCAUUACAGUAGUGGGGAAGAAGAAGAAGAAGAAGAAGAAGAAGAAGAAGAAGAAGAAGAAGAAGAAGAAGAAGUUGAGGAGGGAAGCUAUGUCGUCGGACGGAAGGUAGAUGAGGGGAAGAAUGAGAGCAAAGCGGUGGAGGAGGAGGUUGAUGGAUUGAAGGUCAACCGUGCGUUGACCAGUGGUCAAGAAGGGGGAGGUCAACGACGGGCAAGCGUGGGGAGGGGGGACCAGCGGAAGGAGGCGGGAAAAGUGGAAUGGCAGUUGAUGGAGAUUGACGUCCCGGUGUGGGGUAGAUUAGAUAGGGGGAGCGGAUGGGCAGAGUUUGCCGCAGGUGUUGCAGAGGCGCCUGUGGCUCAGGCUGUGGCCGACUUUUCCCCUCAUUUUGCUCUGGCUGUUGAUUGGACGGGUGUUGAGGCUUCCCGCCAAUUGUUUGGGUCCCCCACUUUCCUAUCAGCAGCAGACCUCAUUGGAGGGCCCCUCACUCCUCCCAUGAUAUACCUCAGUUUCAGAGUCUUUUCCUUUUCCGAUUUUGAAGAAGAGGUCCCGCCCGCAGCUUCUCUCUGUUCCAGUUCCAGUUCCAGUUCCAGUUCCAGUUCCAGUUCCAGUUCCAAACUGGAAUCUGGCCUUGUUUCUGGUCCUACUGUCAGUUCCAACCCCAGUUCCAGUUCCAGACCGGAAUCUGGCCUUGUUGCUGGUCCUACUGUCAGUUCCAACCCCAGUUCCAACCCCAGUUCCAGUUCCAGUUCCAGUUCCAGAUCGGAAUCCGGCCUUGUUUCUGGUGCUACUGUCAGUUCUAGGUCCAGUUCCAACCCCAGUUCCAACCCCAGUUCCAACCCCAGUUCCAAACCCAGUUCCGACCCCAGUUCUGGUUCCGAUUCCAAGGCUGGAUCGGGUUCUCCCUCUGGUUCUAGUUCUAUGUCCCGGUCCCGUUCCGGUUCUAGUUUGGAUCCCAAGGAUGAUCCUUGUGGACAACUUAGUGACCGAGAGUUCUACUGGAACAUGGAACAAAACGCAGUCCGAAUGUCGGCUGCCGUCAUAGCACCCAGUGACCAUGAUGCCAGGUUUCUCCAAGAGGUCAUGGGAGCGAGAGAGAUGGAGAAGGACGACUCACAAGGGAGCGACGACUCUGUGCCCAGGGGUGAGGUUUUGUCAGCCGCAUUACUUCCUCCGCUGAGGGAAGAGAUCCGAUUGUGUGCAGUGGAGUGGUGGAGGGCUUGGGGCCCAAAGAUGUCAGUUGAAAAACUCUUGGAGGGGCCAUCAUUGAACCCUCAGCCUGAGGCGGUAGACUCGGUAGUGGACGUCGGACCUUCUCGAGCAGAACCAGAGGAUAAACCUCUGCGUGCUGAGCCAGAGGAUAUCGCGGUCAGAAGGAAUUCAGCAGCAGCAGGAGCCACAACACUGGGGUCGGGGCUCAGUUCUGUCAGUUCAACCGUAGAAAAACCCUCCGCCAGUGGGGACGGUGUAGCAGUGCCGCUGCCAAGUUCUUCCGUCAGAUCGGACGCAAAUGAUCCAACGACGACUUCACCAGUUGGAUCCAUGACUGAACCACGUGGUUCAAUGACUGCAGGCGAAGGGUUGCGAAUUGUACCAGAUGGGUUGCGUGCUGGAUCGCGAGUGCUGAGUGUUCCAUCUUCUGUCUGGGCAAGAGGACGUCGCUACUUAACCUGCUGUGUGAGGAUAUCCCCGGAAAAAAAUACGGAUAUCUUUGUCGAUAUUGUGGAUAAGACAAAGGACUUCCUUGUUAGAGAAGGGGUUACACCCUUGCUCGCCGGCGGAGGAAAUAGCCCUUAUGCGAAAGAGGUGAGAGAGAGGCUCCUUCGUACGGCACCCAAUGCUGUGGUCCUCGAUCGCUUCUUACAACCUGAAGAGUUGACUGACGUCUUCAAGGAGACGCUUCUGAACUUUCACCCAAGCCUCUACGACUCUUAUGCGAUGACCAUCGUCGAGGCGGCAGCGUUUGGCGCCCCAACUUUGGUCAAUUUUCAAUCUGACAGUUGCGUAUCGGGAGAGGGAGAGCAAAACCGACAAAGCUUUCAGGAUUACCGGGGGCGUCCUUCGGACAGAAGGCAGAACGGAGGAAAGGAAAAGGGAGGAAAGGAGAAGGGAGGAAGAAAGGCUUGGGUUGGGGCAACUGAGUUGCUUAGGCCGCAGGAGGGAUUAAUCAUUGGUGUAGAUAUGAGCAAAGGAAUAGAAACAGUUGCGGGUGCUGUCGAGGAGGCCCUUUCGGACCGAGAUCGGCUAGCACAGGUUGGCUUGCAAGCAGCAAUCAAGAGUUUGGAAUGGAGCGAAGCCGCCAAUGCUCGGGCCCUUGUGGAUAUCCUUAAACGUGUCACGAGAUGAAUGUUGUACGAUUAGGAGGGAGAAGUGCCUGCCAUUUGAUGAUUAGGAGGGAGAAGUGGCUGCCAUUCUUUGUAGGGGUGUCGAUCGUGGUGGUGGUGAUGAUGGUAGUGGAAAAUGUAAGAUCCCAUUGUUGUUUCCCUCCCCCCCCUUUUUUUUUUUCACCUAGCACUUCUAGCAGGUAGUUUCUUUUCAUUUUCGUGCCGAAGUGUAGAUAGUUUCAACACUUAGCUCAUGGUGCAGUUAUUUAUGUAGUACGUUUAUGGUUUUGGGAAAAAUAUAUAAUUUCUUAAAUUUGAUAUGUUUUCAAGAAAAUAUUAAAUUGAACCUUAAAUAGUAGUAGUAAAUCAUAUGCAAUAAC